AGAAACUUGCGAUGAGGAUUCAGGAGGAUAUUUUUCACGAAGCGAGCGAGCGAUAUUCGUCUCUGUAGUCUGCAACUCCUUUCCUCUAGAGGCUAGAGCCUAAAGGCCAGAGCCUCUCCGUUCCUCUGUCCUCUGCCAACGAAAAGAGAGAAACACCAACAUAAGAGGGAGAAAGGUAGAGAGGGAUGGCUUGGUUAACUCGAUUUCUAGUGGCUGUAGCAUUCCUGGCUUUCGGCAUCCUCUUCUCUCCAGAAACCUUCGGAUCAAAAUCAGAUGGCGGAUAUUCGUCCAAGCUCACCAUCACUCUGAAGCUCGCUCAUCUCUUGUGUUUCUCAACCGCUUUUGGCGCAGCUCUUUGGGUUACCUUCAUCGGCGGAAUUAUCAUGUUCAAGAAUCUCCCGAGACACCAGUUCGGGAACCUGCAGAGCAAGAUGUUUCCGGCCUACUUCUCGCUGGUCGGGGUCUGUUGUGCGAUAUCGGUGGCCUCCUUCGGAUACCUCCAUCCAUGGCGGUCGUCUUCCCCUGCCGAAAGAUAUCAGUUUGGGUUUCUGAUCUCUUCCUUCGCUUUCAAUAUUGCCAAUUUGUUCGUCUUCACACCCAUGACAAUCGAGAUGAUGAAGCAGAGACACAAGGUGGAGAGAGAAGAGAACAUUGGAGAGGAAAUUGGGUGGUCGAAGAACGUAGAGGUGGCCAAGGUAAAUCCAAAGCUAGCUACCAUGAACAAGAAGUUUGGAAUGAUUCACGGGCUAUCUUCUCUUGCCAACAUCAUGUCCUUUGGCAGCCUCGCCAUGCAUUCUUGGUACUUGGCAGGUAAAAUGAGUCUGUAAUUGAGCUUUUCUGUCUCCUGGGGAAUGGGGAUACAGAAGAAACAAGUACUUUAGUCCUUUAAUAUUGAUAAGCAAUCAUCUCUUUAAGGUCUUUUUGCCUUCUGAUGUUGUCCUUGUUGAACACCAUUUUAACGAAAAUAAGUUGAAUUAAAUAAGAUCGAACUAUUUAUUAUA